CUCCAGUUUCCAUGACAGAUAAUCUUACUUCAAUGAACAAGAGUUGUACAAAAUUUGUAUAAAUUUUAUGUAGAUUGGAGAUGAAUAUGCCUCAGGAGAUUUUGACUCUUCGGUGAUCAUGAUCAUCUAUUCAGCUCAAACAACGACUAAACCAGCAAUUAAUUACAACGUUACCUCAUUUUAACGUCUACAGCAUUAAACAUUACCUUUGAGCUUUUCCAAUAACACGACUAUUAUGACUUGAAUAGAUAGAGAGAGGGCGUGAAAUACAACAAUACCGGGGGAGCUUGUUUUAUAACAACAUAAAGUCAGUUACCUAAUGGCAUAGAAUUAGGCUUGUGAUGUAAUCAACCUUAGCGAUUCAUCGGUAAGAUCACUGACCAGUUGUUUCCAUAUGAUGUAACAAUCACUGAACCUUUCUUUCAGCGAUUCUCGCGGUGGUGAUCGUAGCGAUCUUAUAGGGAAAAAUGCUCUUAGCGACAAUUGCUCACACCAUGGGAACACGUCCAAUUUUUAUCUCUUUAUUUUACAUGAGACCAGUCUUUGAACAUUACUACAUUAGUCGGAUGGAAGAAAACUGAAAUGGCGCCAUCAAUUGUAGAGUUAUAUUUAGACAUUUGACGUCAUUACUGUUUUCAAAAUAAUUGGCGCAAUGCUUCAUACGCAGUCCACAAAGAUUGGGGAACGUGAUUAUUGCAAAUACCAACAUUUAAAUGACGCAUUUGAGGUUUGCUUGACCACCUCAUAUGUGAUACACGUAAGACCAUUGUCGUAAGGUUUUUCUGCAGGUAAUAAUAUCCCUUUUCCUGACGGGAAGUAACCUAUAAGCUACCAAGAAACCGAUAAAUAUCGUGAAAAAACAUAAGGGAUGUGUUUUAAUAAAAUAGAUAUUUUUCGCUCGCGCUGAUCAAUAUGCAUACCAACUAGACAUAUUUGCAGUGAACACCUUUUUUUAAUAAAUGUCCUGGAAAUGAACACUUUAACGCUGAUAACAGACGGAAUGCUUUCAAGUCUGUACAAACAGGAUCACGAGGUAUUUGUUUUACGCAAUUUCAGAAGAAAUUCUUACAGUAACACCUGCUCAAUACAGAAGCAGAAGGGAUGUUCAUCUGGGCACUCCUUGGCCUGAAAACAAUACAUAUUUUGCAUUUCCCCAUCUAAUUGUGUCUUUUUCUUCAACUAAUUUUUGAUCUUUGAUAUCUCGAUCAGUGUCACCGCUCAUCAUCAAGGAUGCAAGCACACGGAUAUACUUCGACAUUUUUGACACGCAAUCAAAAAAUAACAAAAGGUAAAGGAAAUAAUGGUAUCGUUUUUCAAACAAUACUACGAUCAAACAUUAUCUGUCGCCUGAGAGGAACAUUAAAACAAACAUCGGCAAUAAGAAUGAUUCAAAACGGUAAACAGGACGUGGUUGGCUACGUCAAUGCUACUGCACUUUAACACUGAAACAAAGACGAGGCAAUACUGGGUGAAAUAGCAAAACAAUUUGGAAAUGUCGAUUGUUAUUGAGACGAUAUUCAAAGUUUUAUUUUCUGUUGUGAUUGCAUCAAAUCUUGUCGGUAACUUGUUGGUUGUCUUGGUUGUUUUACUUAACCGCAGAAUGCAGACUCCUAUGAACUACUUACUUGCAAAUCUGGCCCUUGCUGAUUUUUUGGUUGGACUUUUCUUGAUACCCAGAACACUUCUCAAUGAUCUAUUCACACAUCCUGGUGGUUGGUUAGGAGAUUUGCUUUGCAAGAUGUUGACGCAUGCUUGCUUUACUUAUCUGGCUGCCGUAACUUCGAUGCUGACAUUGAUGUUUAUUGCAUGGGAGAGAUAUUACGCUGUAAUGUAUCCCCACAGCUCUCGCGGACGAAUCAACGCUGGCAAACUUCGUCUGUUGAUUGCUGUCUCUUGGCUUGUUGCGUUUGGUUAUGCUUCCCUUGAGUUCUGGAUCAUAAAGUUUGACGAGCAGAUGAAGGCUUGUAUCUACGAUUGGUCAGAAACGUUGUGGAAAACCGAUGUCUUUGUGUGGUGUAUUGGCCUCAGUUUGGUACCUCUUGGAAUCGAGGUAGGCCUGUAUGCACGAGUCGUGUACCGCUUGUGGGGGAAAAAGACCCAAACGACAGAAAUCUCCCAGCGUUCACUAAUGAUACAAAGGAAAAGGCUAACAAAAACUGUUCUUCUUAUUUCCGUCAUAAAUAUAAUCUUACGGCUUCCAAUCGAUGUUCACUAUUUUCUUUCCACCUUCGCUGGUGGCACCUUCACCACGGCGGAUUGGUGGAAACCAGUGUCCUUCUCACUCAGCCAUUUGAUGCUAGUUCUUAACUCUGCAGUAAAUCCCUUGAUAUACGCUCUGCAGGAUCGUACGUUCAGGAAACGUAUGUGGUGCUUGAUUAAGAACGGAUGCGUUCGAAGUGGUAGAGUGAUGAACACGAGCGUUCUGGAAGCAACUAACUAAUUUUGUCUUCGUGAGUAUUAGAAGAACAUAGAAAGGUUGAGAAGACAAACAUUAUUAACACGUCGGCUAACAUUUCGACUUUUAUUUAGCCUUUGAUUUAUUGUAGAUUCAUACUGUACAUCUCUUUGUUAUUUCAAAUUUUAGGCAUGCAGCUAGGUCGUCUUCUACCUACAACACUGCACUUCGGUUCUGAGGGGAGCUACUUCACGGAAGGCGUAUCUUGAAAAAACACUGGCCAGUUAUUUCAAGCUUGCCGUUUGUAAUCUGUCUUAAUCUUGUUCGUAAUCAUCCUUGUUUCUUUACUUUUUUAAUACUUAAUCUUCUUUGACGUCAUUUUCUCUUAGUACUUUAUUAUUUGAGAUUGCUUUCAAUAAUUCAGUAUAUAAUAUUGU